CAGCUGUAAACAGAAAAAUCUUGCUUGCUCUCGUGCCCAGUGUAGACGCCGGUUGCUCUCCACUUCACCAUUACCUUUGUAGCCUGUUGUGACGCCUGCUCUGACUCCUGCACCUACUGAGCUUCUUUGAAUUAAGUGGCUUGUGAAAAGAUAGCUGGAAUAUGGGAGAUGCCGAUAACUUUCAUGUUGUCUUACGCAGUCGACCAGGGGAAAGUAAUGAACCACUCGAGUCCAAUUUCUCAUAUGAGAAGAAGGCCUAUCCAACCGAAACACUGUCCAGCGGAGACUUAUUGAUAAAAAAUCGCUUCUUGUCUCUUGACCCAGCACUGAGAUGUAGAAUGAAUGAGGACUCUGGUGUUCAGUAUAUCAAAGCCUGGGAACUUGGAAAAACUGUUGAUGGGUUAGGUGGUGUUGGUGAGGUCAUAGCAAGUGCAGAUUCCAGCUUCCAGCCUGGAGAUAUCGUCACUCCCAACUUUGAGUGGCCUUGGGAGCUUUACUUUGUUGUGAAGGCUAAUACUGUGCGCAAGCUCCCUGAAGCCAUGACUCAAAUCUCACCAACUCUUUGUCUGAGUGUUCUUGGUGUAACCGGCUUGACUGCCUACCUGGGUGUCAAAGAAAAAGGACACAUUCGACGCGAUGCCAACCAAGUGAUGGUCGUGAGUGCUGCGGCUGGCUCCACGGGUUCUUUAGCAGGCCAGAUAGGAAAAGCUGAAGGGUGUGGAAAACUUGUAGGUAUCUGUGGGUCAGACACCAAGUGCCAGUGGCUGACAACAGAGCUUGGCUUUGAUGUAGCCAUUAACUACAAAACUGAGAAUGUCUCUGAAAAGCUGGAAGCUGUCUGCCCUGAAGGAGUGGAUGUCUACUUUGACAAUGUUGGUGGGAGUAUAAGCAAUGAUGUGAUUAGAAAGAUGAAUCAAGACUCUCACAUUAUACUGUGUGGACAAAUCGCAGACUACAAUAAAGAUUUACCAUAUCCUCCCCCUAUUCCCACAGACAUUGAAGCCACCUUGAAGGACAAGAACAUAACCAGAGAAAGAUUCCUGGUUCUGAAUUAUCAAGAUCAGUUUGAGCCUGCCCUUGGUCGCCUUAUGGAACUGUACGUGCAAGGAAAACUGAAGGUGAAAGAAACAAUUGAAAUGGGCUUGGAAAACGCUGGGAAAGCCUUUGUCUCCAUGAUGAAAGGGGGUAACAUCGGGAAGCAGAUUGUGCAAGUGACAAGAUGACCUCUUCACUAGUGGAUUUGGUUAGGUAGUUUUGUCCCAUUGCAAUGUGGUUCUUAAUGUGAAGUCCAUGGCAAUGAAGUAAAACUUCAGUCGAGCCUACUUUGAAUUUUUGAACAUUUGAAUGAGUGUGUGUGUGGGUUGGGGAGAGGGGUGGGUUAGAGUUAGAGAAGAGAGUGGACUGCUUUUUGC